AUGCAGAGCCCUUUCGACCUCAGCAUCUUCAUGAGUUCGGCUAUGACCAACGGCUUCCUUGAGGUCAUGGGCGUGGUAAGAUGCAACCGGCAUUACAUAGCGGCAAGAUCUGAGUUGUUGGAGCAAAGCAAGAACUCAAACAAAGGCCUUGCCAGAUCCAUUCGCAUCUGGGCCGAGCUCGAGCAGAUGACGAAAGACAUCGACAGUCUGGGCAAGAUAGUCGGCUUCGUCGACCGAGGCAAGAUCAACCGCGCGUUCAAGGAUACCAAAGUGCUGGCAAGAGACGCAGUGGUUUGGCACCUCAUCGGUUGCUUCAGGACGUGGCGGGAUAACAGGUUGAUUCUGGAGCGGUCGUUUCUGGAGAUCGGCAAGAAUAACAACCUUCAGUCGCAGAUGAUUCAAUCCUUGUACAAAGUCCAGUCAGAGAUACUUCUCAGCAUGAUGUCGAGCUACUGGGUGUGGGAAGUGUUCGCAAGAAAUGUUUGCGGAAACUGCGAAGAUAGCAAGAACUUUGCCAUACUCCAACGCCUGACGACAGACUUCCUCCUAUAUGUCCCGCCAGAUGCUCCGCAAGUCAAGACCUUGGCCGCGAACUUUAGUGAGCUAGAGCAGAUCAUUCGUGAAGAAGCAAGAAGCAACGUGCUUACACUGAACAUGGAAGAUCUGCUCAUCACGUUGCUGGCGUCUGCUCAUCGACGCUGCCAGAUGAAGACCUUGCAAGACUUCAUCCUGUCGGAUAAUGUCUGGAAGCGCACAUACACAUGGGUGCAGAAAAGACUCCGGCAAGAA